AUGGUUAAAUCUAUGCUCAUCAGCACUGUCUGGGUUAUUACUCACUUGACCUUUGCAAGUGCAUCCCACUGCGCCUAUUGGUGUGGUCUUUCGUCCAACCCCGCGGAUGUCCAUCUACCUCUUACCCAAAGUUGUUGUGGACGCAAUACUCAAGGACAGCUAAACGCCUUUGACGAGUGUCUUGUGCUAAACCCACCGAAUAACUUUGCGCAUUGCUGCCAAGGAAGUGGUAAAGAUAUCUGCUAUGACAUUGAUGCAGAGAAUUCUGCCUGUGGACUUGCGGGUAUUCCUGCUACUUGCCAUAAUCCUUAG